CUGGACAGCAACAUCCGGCGCCGGUCCUUCUUCUCUCCUCUUCCGAUGGGAAGCCAUUUCCGGCGGCCUUGGCGGUUGCACGGCAGGGACUACCGGGCCUUUUACUGCGUGUACCGAGCGUUUCUCUUCGGGGAACGGACGCCAAGCCGGAAGAGAAUGGCGGCGGCCGCCCUGAAACGACUUUGGUCUCGAAGCCGCGAAGAGGCGGCCGACGCGGCAGUUGCGAAGCCGGGCGUGUGGGCGCGUUUGGGAACCUGGUCCCGCGCGCUGCUCCGGGACUACGCCGAGGCCUGCGGGGACGCGGCGGCGGCAGCCCGGGCCCGGCCGGUACGGGCAGCCGUGUACGUGGGGCUGCUGGGCGGAGCGGCGGCUUGCUGCGCGCUGGCGCCGAGCGAGGCGGCCUUCGAGGAGGCGCUGCUCGACGCAUCUGGGACCUUUCUGCUGCUGGCGCCGGCCACGCGUAACCGCGACUCCGAAGCAUGCCUGCAGCGACUUCUCUGGCUGCGGGGCCGCGGCCGCCUGCGCCACCGGAACCUGGGGUUCUGCUCGCUCGUGUACGAGGCGCCCUUCGACGCCCAGGCCAGCCUCUACCAGGCUCGCUGCCGCUACCUGCAGCCCCGCUGGGCCGACUUCCCGGGCCGGAUCCUGGACGUGGGCUUCAUGGGCCGCUGGUGGGUGCUUGAGGCCCGGAUGCGCGACUGCGACAUCAACGACGAGGAGUUCCUCCACCUCCCUGCGCAUUUACGCGUCAUCGGGCCUCACCAGCUGCGCUCGGAGGCCAACGAGCGGCUCUUCGACGAGAAGUACAAGCCCGUCGUGCUCACCGAUGAUCAGGUGGACCAGGCGCUGUGGGAGGAGCAAGUCUUGCAGAAGGAGAAGAAGGACAGGCUCGUCCUGAGCCAGGCCGACUCUCUGGUGCAGUCGGAGGCCCCGAGGUGAAACCCAGUGGUGCCAGGGUCCGAACGAGGGUUUCAUAGGGCUCCAAGUUCUGGCAGGCUGCCUGGGAUUGUGCAGUUGGUGUGAGUGGGCCCAAAUGCAGAGUGCCUGAAAAAAAGGAUGUGCAGAGUGCUCUCUCGGCGCCGGGUAUUUACAAAGCUGGAGAGCUUUUCUCUCUCUUACCUUGUUCCUUGUUAGUUUGAAGUUAAUUCAGAGCGGUCUUGUUCUAGGGGUGUGAUUAUAGAACGUUUAUUACUACCAGAGUUAGUAAUGAGGAUUUUACAUAAGGUGUUUACAUUGGGCCUCACAGUUCCCUGGCUGAGGCACCACGUUUGUUGUCGGGUGACUCCCAUGCUUUGCUAAAACUAUCCAGAUGUGGGUUUGUUUGUUUUUUUUUUUUCUUUUUAGCAGAAAUGUUUUUAUUCUAUGAUCUAUUUUUCCUUUUUAUAAGUAACUUUUUUGUUUUAAUUUUUUAAUUUUUUAUUCUGAGAUAAUUACAGGUUCAUUGGAAGUUGGGAAAAUAAUCGUAGAGACAACCAGCGUACCCUUCACCCAGCUUCCCCCACUGGCAACAUCUUACAUAACUAGUAUGCUGUCAGAGUCAGGAAUUGAUGUUGAUACGACCCCUUAGAUUUUACAAGGAUAUUUUUUACUUAACAGUAGCCUUGAGGGAUAAAGUGUUUCCUGAUAUGGAAUCAGAGAUUUUGGUUAUAUUAUACUUCAGUAACCCUGAAAACACAAUCCUGCAGCUGAAAAGGAAUAAGCAAGUAAGCGUACAUAGCUGGUAUUUAGCUAGGUUAUGGUGAUCAUACGUUUAAAACUAAAAUAUGAGGGGAAUGAGACUCUUAUCAUCAGGGUGGCCUGUGGCUAGUUAAUAAAACUAGGAGAUAAAACAUCCAUCUUUGCUGUAGUGUUUGUGUGUUUUACCACUUUUAAGUUUUGGUACUUGGACUUUUCAUUCAUAAUAUGAGUGCAUUAGGCACAUAAUAACUUUUAUAUUCUUAUUUCUGGGGUAGGGGGAGCACGUUAUAAGUCAGCAUUCUUAUUUUACAGAGGAAACAGCUGAGGUUCAGGAAGUUUGUUAACUUUUACAGAGCCAUGAUUCAGACUCUGAAACUCCCAGUGCUGUGACUUAACUCAAGCUUUAGUCACAAAAUUAUUUCACUGAUAUCUUUUGCCUUAGGUAAAAUAGGAAUAUAGGGAUAAAGAAACAAAUACAAAAAAUAAAUACAGUGAAAACAAAGACAAGACAAAUGAUACUAGAUUCUAACCCUAUACUGUUACGUGCCAAAGGCACUGGACCUAAAUACUACAGUCUUUGUUAAAGAGACAAAGAUUAACCAAUUUCAGAAAAGGGGUUAAGCCACACUGCCAUCAAAGUGCGACUUGUUCCUCACUGCAAGCAGAAGUAUUGAAAGAGAAUUGCACAUCUUUAGUGCUUGAGUCAGUUAUUAAAUGCCAUUUCUGAUUUCUACCUGGGGCGUGUUCCUUGCACACCCCCUGUAGCUGCAGGGAGCUGUGAGCCUUGGUGCGGUGGUUGGCCACAACCAAACAUCUCUCAAGUUUUUGUGCAGGAAUUGCCUGUGUGGAAGAAUUGCCUGAAGUCUGUGUGGCUUGUCUCUUCAGAGGGUCGGCCUUGCCCAGAGCAGAAUCUAUACCAUAUUUAGGCCCCCUUCCAGUGCUCUGGCCUCCUGGGUCUGGUGUAAGAAGUGAGCUGUUAGAUCAGCCAGGAGACUGGGUGGACCUGGCACUGUGCAUCGUGGAGCUUGGAAAGGCUCCCUGAGGACACAUCCAGGUCUCCUUGUUCACUGCUGAGCUCCCAGCUCCUCACAGUGCUCGGCCCAGUGGACAUCAGUCAGUGUUGAAAGAGUUUAACAUACGAGAUACUGCGUGUGCAUGCUGUAGGUGGGAGCUGGUAUGGUCCUCAUAGAGGGGAAGCGGAUCAAGGUUGGAUCCCCGGCCUUUGGCCAGCCCAGGGGGAAUGGUCCUCCAGUGUCGGUCCCACUCAGUACCAGAAACAGGGCAAAGUGGGGAGAUUGCCUAUGUUCCUGUAAAGGCAGUAGGAUCUCAAGGAGAGAUGGGCUUUAAAGUCACAGUUUGAAUCCCAGCCUUUACACUUACUAGCUGACUUCUCUAAGCCUCAGUUUCCUUAAGGGAAUAAUUCCUUCCGGAGUGGUUAAAAAAAAUCAGUAACCACACCAAAGCACGUGGUACAAAGUAGGCAUUCACAGCCCAUAGUGUGCCUGUGUGAGGAAGAUGAUGGCCCUAAACCCCAUCCUCUGCCCUUCCUGAGUUAGUCUUGGACGAGGAGCAGUGCUCCUUAGCCUCGCUGCUGGCACGUGGGAAGUGGGAGUGAAGGAUGAGUGUAGCCAAGGCGGGCUUGUCUCAGGGUCAGAAGACACUCAAGUUUAAUAACGAAAAUGUUCAAGGUCUCCUUUUUCCUUAAAAUUUAUUCUCAGAUUAGCUUGUCCUCCAGUAUGUCCUAAGUGCUGAAUCUUUCCAGCUGUUGUUAUUGGAAGGACCAGCAGAGGGCACCCGAGAUUCAGAGAAGUUGAUGCCAUCCUCCUUGCUUUAGCCCACGUGGGAUGGGUAGCCGUUUUCUUUUGUUCUGUGAAGCGGUGGGUGGAUGGAGUGCAUUUACCACAUGCAUCAGUUUGCUGCUCUUUAGAACCAGAUAAAUGAUGGCAGAUGGAGUCCUGGUGGAACAGUGGUUAAGUAUUCAGCCAGCUAACCUCCCGUAAAGAUUACAGUCUCCGAAACUCUAUAGGGCAGUUCUACUCUGUCCUAUACGGUUGUUACAAGUUGGAAUUAACUCGAUGGCAGCGGGUAGAUGAUGGCAGAAGUCAGGGCUAUGGGGAGGGGCCGCAUGCAUCCCAGGAAUGUGCACCUCCGCCUUCUCAGUGGCGGUUGAAGGAGGCUGUGAAUGGUUGUACUUGCACAGGCAGUGCCCUCCCCUUGAGGAAACCUCUCCUGUCUCGUUCCAGAAAUUCCUGGAGGGGCAGGAUCACCUGGCUGGUCCUGGGAUCAUGUCCAUUUCCCUAGUUUGCUGGGAGUUGUGUUGAAGCAUCUAGGACCAUGACGGGUGAGGGAAGCAGGUGCUCAGGGCACAGAAUUUAAGGAGGCCGGCACUCCCUCUCAGGGUCAUGCAAGCACUUGCCUCGCCCUAGUCCUCACCUUGCAGCAUCCUGUACCCAGCUGGGUCACCUGCAUGCACGGGGUGGGGUCAUGCAGUCCUCCCCUGCCCCUGAUGCCACAGGCUCUUACAAACAUCCGCAAGUAGAAUAGUACAACAAAUCCCAUGUACUCAUAACCCAAUUCCACAAUUAUUAAGAUUUUGCUACCUCUGAGGAGCCCUGGUGGUACAGUGGUUAAGUGCUCUGCUGCUAACUGAAAGGUCAGCAGUUUGAACCCCCUGGCUGCUCCAUGGGAAAAAGAUGUGGCAGUUGGCUU